GUACAAGUGUCCUCUUCCGAACCGCAGAUCCGCGCCAGAGCUUCACUGUUAUUAUUAUUAUUAAUGCGACCAGUUACGUACUUAAAUAGGAUCGGUCCACCUCAGCUACCGGGCUGAAUCUCUCCCCCCUCCUCAGUCCAUCGACAGUUGAUCUGUCAAAAUACUCCACAAACACACCUUAUCACAGCUUCCUUACUCCCCAAAAUGGCUCGCCUCAGCAUUCUCCUGCUGAGCUGCCUGGUCACUCUGGCCACCGCCGGCUCCGCCGUGCUCGACCUCAUCCCCAAGAACUUUGACAAAGUCGUCCUGAACUCCGGCAAGCCCGCGCUAGUCGAAUUCUUCGCACCCUGGUGCGGCCACUGCAAGAACCUCGCCCCCGUCUUUGAAGAGCUCGGCCAAGCUUUCGCCCACGCCGAAGACAAAGUUAGCGUUGCGAAGGUCGACGCUGACGCAAACCGCGACCUCGGCAAGCGAUUUGGAAUCCAGGGAUUCCCGACGCUGAAAUGGUUUGAUGGCAAGAGCGAGACUCCCGAGGAAUACAAGGGUGGCCGCGACCUUGAGAGUCUGACUGCUUUCAUUACUGAGAAGACUGGCAUUAAGGCUAAGGGGCCUAAGAAGGAGCCUAGCAAUGUGGAGAUGUUGACUGAUACGACAUUCAAGAGCACGAUUGGUAGUGAUAAGGAUGUGCUUGUUGCGUUUACUGCGCCUUGGUGUGGUCACUGCAAGAAGCUCGCCCCAACCUGGGAAACUCUCGCCAACGACUUCGCUCUUGAGCCCUCCGUUGUUAUCGGCAAGGUGGAUGCCGAAGCCGAAAACGCAAAGGCCACCUCUAAGGAACAGGGCGUAACUGGAUACCCCACCAUUAAGUUCUUCCCCAAGGGCUCGACCGAGGGCGAGAUCUACCAAGGCGGUCGCUCCGAGGAGGCCUUCAUUGAGUUCCUGAACAACAAGGCGGGUACGCACCGUGCCCCUGGCGGCGGAUUGGAUGAGAAAGCCGGCACGGUUCCUGCUCUUGAUGAGUUAGUUGCGAAGUACACCUCUUCGCAGAACUUCAACGAGCUCGUUGGUGAAAUCAAGAAGGCUGCCAAGGGCGUUCAGGACAAGUACACCGAGUACUACGUCAAAGUUGCCGAGAAGCUUUCGCAGAACUCCGAGUAUGCGGUUAAGGAGUUCAACCGCCUAAAGAAGGUGCUGUCCAAGGGUGGCUCCGCCCCGGAGAAGAUUGAUGACCUGAUCUCGCGCAGUAACAUUCUGCGUAGAUUCCUGGGUCAGGAGGAGAAGGAGAACGCGAAGGAUGAGCUGUAAAUGAGAUCCGAGAUUCGCCUCGUUGUAUGAAGAAUUGAUUGUAUACCCUGGGUACUGCAAACCGUAGUAUUUAGGAAAAGCUAGUACUAUAUAUUAUUGGCUUACGGAUGCAUAGAAUGAAAUAUGAUGCAACGUUUGUCUUUUUCAAGGUGUGGAAUUGCUGCAGUACGGAUAUUCGUAGGGUAUCUCAAAAAGGCUAUAAAGGACGCUUCCUCCACGAGUCGAGUCAACAAUUGUAUAUCUCAUUUGGCCGGAGUCGAGGUCGAUGUUGUCCCCGCAUCCGCCGCAACACUCAAAGAAGCCUCCAAAUCAUCUAGUCGUCUUGCCAUAU